CUGAAGAUUUGGUGAUUGAUUAUUUGAACAACCAAUCGAAUCAUUUGCUUUUCUCUGAGGGAUUGCCACCAAAAUCCGAUAUCAGCGAAACGAAAUCCUAGCGGAGAGAAAAGACACGCAGUUUUCUUUUUCGCUUUAAUUUUCCCGAGAGAGGAACAACAGGACUAUAAUUUUUCUAGAGGGAGAUAAACAAAUAGAAACAAUAGGGGUCUGUUUGUCACGUAGGUCCCUAGCUCCGGGGCAACGAGCCACGUCGUCGGCAGUGGUGGUUCGAAGGCUCUCGUCCACAGCACCGUCGGCGGCGUUACCGGAAAAUACCAACGGCAGCCAGAGAAUGAAGGGUCUGUUCAAGUCGAAGCCCAAGACUCCCGUUGACAUUGUUCGGCAGACCCGCGAUCUCCUAGUCUAUGUCGAUCGCAAUCCAGAUAAUCGCGAAAGCAAGCGCGAGGAAAAGUUGAUGGAGUUAAGUAAGGUUAUCCGGGAGUUAAAGUCAAUUCUGUAUGGGAAUAGUGAAUCUGAACCUGUUUCAGAAGCUUGUGCACAGUUGACCCAAGAGUUCUUUAAAGAGAACAUGCUACGUCUACUGAUUAUUUGUCUUCCUAAAUUGAACUUAGAGGCUCGUAAAGAUGCCACUCAGGUUGUUGCGAAUCUGCAAAGACAACAAGUUCAGUCACGGCUCAUUGCUUGUGAUUACUUGGAAGCAAACAUCGAUUUAAUGGACAUUUUGAUGUCAGGUUAUGAGAACAUGGAUAUGGCUUUGCAUUAUGGUGCAAUGCUGAGGGAAUGCAUACGUCAUCAGAGUGUUGCAAGGCAUGUCUUGGAAUCUGAGCAUAUGAAGAAGUUUUUUGAUUAUAUGCAACUCCCAAAUUUUGACGUUGCUGCUGAUGCUGCGGCAACAUUUAAGGAACUCAUGACCAGGCAUAAAUCCACUGUAGCUGAAUUUCUUUCUAAAAAUUAUGAUUGGUUUUUUGCAGAGUAUAACUCGAAGCUGCUUGAAUCUAUCAAUUACAUUACCAGACGACAAGCUGUCAAGUUAUUAGGAGAUAUCUUAUUGGAUCGUUCAAACUCUGCUGUGAUGAUGCGAUAUGUCAGCUCAAAAGAUAACUUGAGGAUUCUUAUGAAUCUUCUGAGAGAGUCGAGCAAGAGCAUUCAGAUUGAGGCAUUUCACGUUUUUAAGAUAUUUGCCGCCAAUCAAAACAAGCCCCCAGAUAUUGUUAGCAUCUUGGUUGCAAAUAGAAGCAAGCUUCUCCGUCUGUUUGCCGAUUUUAAGUUAGAUAAAGAGGAUGAACAGUUUGAGGCAGACAAAGCCCAAGUCGUAAGAGAAAUUGCUGCUCUUGAGCCCAAAGAGCAUCCAUGAAUGCUGCUUCACUUUGUGGAUUAGCUAUCAUGGUAUGUUGUUCGGGUAAUUCAGUUGCGGUUUUUUCGGUAUUGAUGACACUUAAUUCAGUUGCGGUUUUUUCACGUUGUUUUUUUUCCCCCAAUAUUGUGUAUAUUUCAAUUAUGAAUGAUUCUGGGGAUGGAAAGAAAUAAAAAAAAAUAUUUGAACAUGAAAGUAGUUAACUGGAAGGGGUAAGUGCCAGUUUAUUGAUUGGUAAUAUGCGAUAAUGUAUUGCCUUAAUGUGUGCAUGAAUCUGUUGGAUAUCAAAUGGUUAUGGCCAUGCAUUAGUCAGGUGAAAAAAACCAAUGCUGCAUAUCCUUCAGUUGAAACUCAAU